AUGGGGAAGAAGCUGGACCUCUCCAAGCUCACGGAUGAAGAGGCCAAGCAUGUCUGGGAAGUGGUGCAGCGGGACUUCGAGCUGAGGCGGAAAGAAGAGGAGAGACUGGAGGGGCUGAAGGGCAAGGUGAAGAAGGAGAGCUCCCAGAGGGAGCUGGUCUCCGACGCGGCCCACAUGAACGACACCCACUGUGCCCACUGCCUGCAGCCCUACCGGCUGCUGGAGGGCCCCAAGCGACAGUGCCUGGACUGCCGCCUCUUCGCCUGCCAAAGCUGCAGCCACGCCCACCCCGGGGAGGAGGGCUGGCUCUGCCACCCCUGCCACUUGGCCAGAGUCGUGAAGAUGGGCUCCCUGGAGUGGUACUACGAGCACGUGAGGGCCCGCUUCAAGCGCUUUGGAAGUGCCAAAGUGAUCCGGUCCCUCUGCGGGCGGCUGCCAGGGGCAGGUGAGCCUGAGCCAAGCCCUGGAGAGGGAAGUAGAGACAGUGAGAGUUCCAAUACGGAUGGAGAGCUGGACACAGGGGCUCAGGCCCAUCCCCUUGGCAGCAAACCUGUGCCCGCCAAGAAGAAGCGCCUCCUCCCCAUUCACAGCCUGGACUUUGAGGAGGACUCCGACGACUCCGAGGGGUGUUACGGUCACCCCCCGAGCCUGUCCUCAGUCCCAGCGGCCCCGGACAGCCUGCAGGCCCUCACAGGUGAGCCCUGCUCGGAGGAGGCAGCCUCCCAGGAGGCCGUGGUCCUGCAGGAGGCUGAUGCCAGGGCCUCUGGGGGCCACCCCCACUCAGAAGAGCAGACAGACAUCCUCUCCCCUGCCGGAUGGGAUGCCCGCACUGAGCUCUGCCUGCCAGGAGAGUCCUGCCCAGGAGAAUCAUUGCCACUGGGAAUCAUUGCCACUCCUGGGGUGAGCAUUGUCAGGAACGAGCAGCUCCCCUCACGGUACCUGGCCGCGAUGGACACCUCUGAUGAAGACAGCGUACAGGCCCGAGAGGCAGCCUCCCACCUCUCCACUCAGAGCGGCCGGACCUCACCUGCGAGCCAGGGUCCUGGUGCCGGCGAGCCCACUGAGGCAGAUGUGGAGGAGGAGACCCUGAAGAGAAAGCUGGAGGAGCUGACCAGCAAUGUCAGUGACCAGGGGGCCUCUUCUGAGGAGGAGGGCAAAGACAAAGGGGCGGAGCUGGACAGGAGCACUUGCUUGGAGGACCUCCCCAGGAUGACCCCAGAGGUGUGCACAUCUGCGGGCCAAACACACAGAUGGGAAAAGAGCCCCCCGGGCUCCCAGGGCCCCCUGCAGACCACCAGGACCCCGGACGAGGCACUGUCGCAGCUGGAGGACAGGGUGGCCGUGACGGCCUCCGAGGUUCAGCAGGCGGAGAGCGAGGUGUCGGAAAUCGAGGCCAGGAUCGCAGCCUUGCGGGCUGCAGGGCUCACGGUGAGGCCCUCGGGGAAGCCCCGGAGGAGGUCUAAGCUCCCGAUAUUUAUGCCCCGACUUGCUGGGAAAUUGGGCCAGAGUCCCGAGGAUCCACCUGCAGGCCCUUCAGAUGGGGUUGAGGUGAUGGCGGGGCCCUACCUUCUGAGGAGGAAGUUCAGCAAUUCCCCUGAAAGUCAAGGCAAAGAUGAGGAGUCCUUUGUCCGGAAAUCUGUGUACCGCGGGUCCCUGACACAGAGAAACCCCAACGGCAGGAGGGGCACUGCCCACCACAGCUUUUUGAAACCUGUAAUGACCCACCAGCCCUAA